UUGACGUUACGGGUUGAGACAUAUCCUCCUGUCAAAUCGUAUGCCAAACCGAAACCAAAUUUUCGUACGACAAAGUCAAUAUGGUAAACUGGGUACAAAACUAAAGAAAAUUCCAUGUUAAAGAAAACCCGGGGGCAUUAACACAACGUUAUCUGAAUGGGUAAUACGAGCAAAUUAAAAGUUAGAAGCGCUAAAUAAGGAGGAAUCGUUUAUUUAUUCACAUGGCUGCUCGAUUGAGCCCGAGAAAUUCCGAAGUGAACGCAUUAGAACAGAGGGGCUACCUAAUCGGGAAGAAGAUUGGUCAGGGCUCGUACGCCACUGUGCACCUGGCCGACUAUGUCGACAACACUGGACCGAAGAAGAUGCGCCUGGCCUGCAAGAUAUUCGACAAAGAGAAGGCGCCCAAAGAUUUCUUGGAGAAGUUUUUUCCGAGAGAGUUGGAAAUACUGACGAAGAUCGAGAAUCCGCACAUCAUCCAGGUGCACAGCAUUUUGCAGAGGGGACCUAGGGUGUUUAUUUUCAUGAGAUAUGCCGAUAACGGUGAUUUACUAGACUUCAUAAAGCGAAACGGGGUAGUACCCGAGCAACAAGCAAAAAUAUGGUUCCGUCAAAUGGCCAGCGGACUACACUAUCUCCACGGCAAAAACAUCGCCCACAGAGACUUGAAGUGCGAAAAUAUCCUCCUCAGCAGAAAAUUCAACGUAAAACUCGCUGACUUUGGUUUUGCGCGAUUCUGCGUCGACUCUGACAACAGAAGAAUUCUCAGCCAAACAUACUGUGGUUCCGCAGCUUACGCCGCACCAGAAGUAGUCAAUGGGACUCCAUACAACCCUAAACUGUCAGAUGUUUGGUCCCUGGGGAUUAUACUGUUUAUAAUGCUCAACGCUUCCAUGCCCUUCGACGAUUCAAACUUGAGGAAGCUGCUAAAAGAUCAGAUGACAAAAAAUUGGGUGUUUAGGUCGCGCGUGAGGGAAACUUUGUCCUCUAGCGCGAAAUCUCUGGUAAGGCACCUUCUGGAACCGGAUUUGACGUUGCGUUUGACGCUGGAUCGCGUAAUGCAACACGAAUGGCUAAGAAUAAGGAAGGAUAGACCGUCCUCGCUGAUCGGAAGGCUAGUUCACUCGGCUCCUCACGGCCAAACGGCGGGACAAUCAGGGGUGGUUGCGGGGGAGUACCGCGAAACUGAAACGGUACCGGGGGAUUUCAAGAAUCCCGACAUCAAAAAGAGCGAAAUGAAGAUCAAUCUGAACGAGAAUAUGUCUUGAAAAUUGACAAGUUAUUGUCUUUUCAUAGGUCAUAGGGAUUUAUUUAAAAUUUUAGCUGUAAAAUAAACUGUAUAUUAAAAAAAAAU